UCAAUGACAUCCAUACGGCCUGAUAUCAAGUUCACAUCAUAACAACAAAUUGUUUUUGUCGAUGUGUGACUUGUAGUUUGAUUUGUGAAAAAACUAAAACAUAACGAAACAAUCACGAUGGCUGCCAAACGAAUCACUAAAUCAUCAAUUGAUUGGGCCAAAUUUGCUUCGGUUGUACCGAAAAAUGAAAUGAAAAAUUUCAAUGCAUUCAAAGCUCGUUCCGAUGCCUAUUUGGUUAGAGCAUUGGCCUAUCCAGAAAAUCCACCGGAAAUUAAUUUCAAUGAAUACAAAGCACGUUUAGCGAAUAAAGAUAUGGUACAAAAAUUUGAACAAGCAUAUAAAUCAUUGAAAAUUCCUUAUCCAAAAGAUACGGUAGCCGGAGAAAUUGAACAACAAGAAUCGGAAUAUAAACGUACAUGUGAUGCUUAUGUACCAAUUGCUAAUGCAAAAAUUGCCGAAGCUGAAAAAUUGCGUAAAAAAUUCGAAGUGAUGAUUCCGGUACGUGACAUGAGCAAUGAAGAUUUUACAUUAACAUUUCCUGAUUGGGUAUGCACACUGGAAAAUCCAUCCAUUUAUCCACAUUUUGAGAAAACACCUGGCCUCACUAAAGAAGAACGUGAACGUUUGGCUGCACCGGAUGGUAAACCAUAUUCUACUGUAUAGAAUGAUAAAAAACAAAAGAAUUGUUCACUGGCUUUGUGCUAUUGAUUGUGUUUA